CUCUCCAUGUCACCCUAAAAAAAAUAUAGUUUUACUUACAAACAUUUCCCUCUUCUCUUCUCUUCUCGUGCCCAUUUGAGUUCUAUAGUAUAGCAGCAGGGAGCUGCUGGUUUUGAUAAUUGGUUUUGGGUUGUUGCACCAAUAUUAUUACGAAAACCCAUAUCAAAUUGAUCAUCAAUGGCGUCUAACAGCCACUCACUGCAGGAACCAUGGCUUCUUGAGCAUGGAAACCUUAAAGGGUUAAGCAAAGAGAUGCGACACGGCCGUACUGCUCAUAACAUGUCCUCCUCUUCUCUUCGCAAGAAAUCUGACCUUACUCUUGUUUCUAAACUCCGCUGUGGAUUGCUUCGUAACCUUUUAGCUAAUCUUCAAGAAGUCAUUUUAGGGACUAAACUUUCUGUUCUUUUUCCUGCUAUCCCUCUCGCUAUUGUUGCUCAGUGCUAUGGCUUUGGAAGACCGUGGAUUUUCGCUUUGAGCUUACUUGGACUCACUCCUCUUGCCGAACGAGUGAGUUUUCUCACAGAGCAAAUUGCUUACUUCACUGGUCCCACAGUUGGAGGGCUGCUAAAUGCAACAUGUGGCAAUGCUACAGAGUUAAUAAUAGCUAUCUUUGCACUAAGCCAGCACAAGAUAGCGGUGGUGAAAUAUUCUCUUCUGGGUUCUAUACUGUCAAACUUGCUUUUGGUUCUUGGGACCUCUCUCUUCUGUGGUGGGAUUGCAAAUCUUGGACAAGAACAAAAAUAUGACAGAAAGCAAGCUGAUGUCAAUACAAUGCUUCUGCUGUUGGGUUUGCUGUGCCACAUGCUGCCAUUGCUGUUUGGAAUUGCUGGAGCCUCCGCUUCUCUUACAGCCGUACCAACACUCGAGCUGUCCAGAGCAAGUAGUCUUGUGAUGCUUGUUGCAUACAUUGCUUACAUUUUCUUUCAACUUGUAACGCAUAGGCAAUUGUUCGAAGCACCAGAGGAAUCCCAGGAUGGUGAUGAAGUUGAAGAAACUCCUGUGAUUGGAUUCUGGAGUGGAAUUGCUUGGCUGGUUGGGAUGACUGCUGUCAUAGCUUUGUUGUCAGAAUAUGUUGUGGGAACAAUUGAGGAUGCUUCCGAUUCUUGGGGCCUUUCAGUCAGCUUUAUUAGCAUUAUCUUGCUACCAAUUGUUGGAAAUGCGGCAGAACAUGCUGGAGCAAUAAUUUUUGCUUUCAAGAACAAGUUGGACAUAUCUCUGGGUGUUGCUUUAGGCUCCGCAACUCAAAUUUCCAUGUUUGUGGUUCCAUUGUGUGUGAUUGUUUCUUGGAUAAUCGGUAUUAAGAUGGAUCUUAAUUUCAACCUCCUUGAGACUGGGACUCUUGCUCUAUCAAUUAUCGCCACAGCCUUCACUCUACAGGAUGGUACUUCUCAUUACUUGAAAGGAUUGUCUCUUUUACUUUGCUACAUCGUAAUUGGAGCAUGCUUCUUCGUCUCCAAAACUCCCCUCAACCAAGGAAAUGUCGUCAAUUUGGGAGUCAAUGCAGCACCUGGAGUCCUCACAGCUUGAUAUAAGCUUGGGCUUCUCAAGGUCAUAAAAUCAAUUUCUUCCUGAACGAGGAUCAUGGGGUUCAAACAUCUGAAGAAAUGUUAUAAAUUGGGAUCCAAAGAUUUUUAUUCUUUCAUUUUGAAUUGCUCGCCUGCCUGCCCGAAAGCAAGCAUUUUGUGUUUUGUUAAUCAGUAUAUUAUCAUGGCUUCAGAGAGAGGUACAAUGGAAGAUUUUUAGUAAAGAAUCAACCCCCAAUUGAUAGCUGCUUUGCAAAGACAGGCUACAGCAUGUCAUUGUGUAUAGAAUAUUAUAGCCUGAGUGUUUUUGUAAAACCGGGUCCGAUUUUCUUUUGCCGAUAUAGGCAAGUGGCAUAUGGCAUUAAGUAUUUUUCUGUAAUCUUGAAGCAAAAUUAUCAAUAAAUUACAUUAGUUUUGUUUGGGUUUGCA